UACGCUUAAUUCCUCACACACUACACAGACAUACAUCAAAAUUAACAGUAAAAGAUAUCAUGGCUAAGUUUGCUUCCAUCAUCACCCUUCUCUUCGCUGCUCUUGUUGUCUUUGCUGCUUUUGAAGCACCAACAAUGGUGGAAGCUAAGUUGUGCGAGAGUCGUGGGACAUGGUCAGGAGUCUGUGGAAACAAUAACGCCUGCAAGAAUCAGUGCAUUCGACUUGAAGGAGCACAACAUGGAUCUUGCAACAAUGUGUUCCCUGCUCACAAGUGUAUCUGCUAUUUCCCACGUUAAUCUACCAAAAUCCUGGGUGCUUGUAUUAUUUUUUUUUCCGUCUUAAAAUUUUUUUUUUUGAUCAAACGGGCCUAGCCCACGGCCGAAGACCGAGUACACCAAAAUACAACCAAAAAAACCCACAGAACUAACGGGCAACUAAAAAACGGCUGAAGCCCAAA